CUCCUGUCUCGUAGCUCCUCACCUCUCCGUUCCUUGCGGGUUAGCUUUUCCCAACAGCAGCAGCAACACGCACCACCGCUGUUGUUGCCCACCCGCUCGAGGCGACACUUUAGUUAUAUCGGGAGGCAUCGCUGCAACACGUCUUCCACCAAACCAGCGUGCUGCAUUGCCAGGCGGACACCCUUUUUUGACCCGCGCAACUUGAAGGCCUCCCUCCUGCUUGCGAAGAACCGCCGCAUCAGCAGCAUGAGGCGCAAGGAGCAAGUCCGCGUGGCGUUCCUCUUAGCCUUCGCGGCUUCGCCAGCAGCUGCAUUCGGCUUCUCAGUCUUCAACCCUGCAUCUCACAGGGUUACACCCGCAGCCGUGAGACGUGGCGGUGGUAUCUGGGGCAGCAGCAGCAGCAGCAGCAGCAGCAGCACUAGCCGUUGCGGCUGGCAGCAGCAGCGGCGGCGCUUGGGGAUGAUGAGCUUCGAGGCAGGGGACUUCCCGAGCGACGUGGGGGACGCCGCGGGGUCGUCUGCGGUGCCGGCGGUGCUGGCCGACGACAACCCCGAGCUCAGAGAGACCAUGAAACGCGAGGUUCUGUCCAUCGCCGCCACUUCCAACAGAGGCCAAGUAGCCACGCAGGAAGAAAAGGAUGCGGCAAUGGACCUGAUUUUUCAGCUUGAGUCCCUGAACCCGACUCCGGAUGCCACGAAUGUCAACACCAUCGGAGGGGCGUGGGAGCUGGUGUACACGGACACGCAACCAUUCCGUUGUUCCCCCUUUUUCAUGGCCCUGGGGGAGGUGUUCGGCGAAGAAAAGGGCCAAGCGGAGACUUUGUUCUCGCUGCACCGAGCCGCAACUUCAAACGGGGAGAUCGGCAGGGUCAGGCAGACCAUCAGCGAGUCUAUGCUGGUGUCGGAGAUUGAUCUCAAGGUGGGGCUGCUUCCGGGCUUGCCGAUGGCCCUCAAGGGCACCGUCGUCACGAAGGCACGGCUUAACCCCGUCAGCUCCGAUUCUUUCACUGUCGUGGUCGAGAGCACGUCUGUGACCAACAACAACAUACUGUCGUUCUUGGACGGUGCCGUUGAAGUGCCCGUCGAGCAGGUGUACAGCACCCUCAGAGGCAGCGUUCCGGAGGCGAAGCUGUCCACGUACUACCUCGACGAUGACAUGCGAAUCAGCCGAAUGUCCGACGAUCAUGUUUUCGUGUUCGUUCGGGCCCCGUAAGCAUGUAUCGGCAGAGGCUUGUGUACGAAUCCGAAAAAGCGGACGUCUUCAUCUCGCCUGAUUUUGUUCAUUUUUUGUCAUUUUGUUCUGUUCCUCUCUUUGUGGUUAAUUUGUGGAAAUCUGUUAGUGAGGGAGAGGAGGCACGCACUUGUAUUAAUGAUAUUGCUUUCGAGUUUUGACGGUGUUUGCCAGCGUUUGUUUGGAAGUAACGGCUUGCCAAGCGGCAUGUCGGGUUCGUGCGGAGCAUGUCCAAAAUGGUGUGUCGGGGAGGGAGGAGGGGUUAGACUAGAGAGGGGUAGAGCGAGGAAAUCCUGUGGAGUAGGCUCUAGAGGACAUAUUGAGAGAGAGUAGCACGUGGUGACCCUUGGGCGUCUUGAAUUAAGCGUUUGAGUUGAAACCGCCAAGACGGGAAAAGCCCGCGGAAUUUUGAUAAUUAUGGCUUGUGGCAUGGAUAUCUUGUGGAAAGGGGAAGCUGUAGCAUGGACAGUCAGAGAACGAAUUGGGCUAGUUUUAGGGUCGAUCACCCGCGCUACCCAUUUGGUGGCUUUUCAGAUAAACCAUCCAGCCUAUUCGCCUCAACCGACCCGUCGGACCUACACAUGUGUGUAGCUGUUGAACUUGUGUUGAAUCGCGGGAACGAUCACGGAGGACAAAAUGUGCGCGAUGGGUCGGGCACCGGGAAAGUGGCGCGGGGUGAUGAAAUCGGUCGGCUGUCAACACAUACAUGUUUCGGUCCCUGUGGUGUUGGCAAAGUAGUGUGUAGCCUCCCAUUAUUGUUUUUGCUUAUUAUCCCCUGCGAUAAAUAGUGGACGGAAGAACUUCCACAGACUGUAGUUGUACUAUCGGUGGCCGCCGUGUCGCCGUGCU